AUGUGCGGUCUGGACCAGGGCAUCGGCCAGCACGAUGACAUCAUCUACAACCACAGCAUCGCGUUCUGCAACAAGUGCCGCCAGCAGAGGUCCUGCUUCCAGACGCUGGACACAGAGUUCACGAAGCUGACUCAGCACAUCAUAGGGACCAACAAGGAGGCCACAAAGAAGGUCCUGGGCAAGGGCUGCGUUGUGGUUUCGCGCGGAAACCUCAGCGAGGCAAGGGCAGAGGGGGUCUGCCAGUUCAAGGACGUCGACGACCUGCUCCAGGCCAUUCGUGCGAGUAGCUACGUCCCGGGCUGGUCCGGCAAGGCAAGCUCCAUCAUGUUCCGAGGCCAGCCAGCCUUUGAUGGAGCAUUCUCGCAGUACAUCCCCUGCCCGCCAGGGGUCACCUUCUGCAUCAAGGUUUCUGGCCUGCCCGUCUGGGACACAGGACGGGCGAUCUCAAGCCUGGCGGGUGGGGAGUUGCUUCCGACACUCAACCUCCUGGGGUCCACGGUCAGCAACAUCCUGGGGGCGCAGCCGCUCCAGAGCCUUCAGCGCGCAGUCAACGAGGACCUUGUCGGGACCAUGGGCUUGCAGACAUGGUUCAAGGUGUUUGCCACCAUCCAGCGGCCGGGGCUGUUCGACAUAUACCCCGGGAAGUUUGGCAGGUCCCCGCUGACUCAGACUCAGUGGGCCCUCUACAUGCUGACCCCGCCCCCAAAGGAAGUGAUCCUGCAGAUGUACCAGGCGGGGCAGGAUGACGCGCGUACAUGGGCGAAGCAGAUGGGGUGGCCCAAGGCAUGA